GUCAGUCAGCUGAACCGAUGUUUCUUAAAACAGCAACCCAAAAAUAAACAAACAUGAAAAACGGAAUCAAAAUUCAAACAUUAAAAGCAAUCCAUCACCCCACCAUAGCCAUUUCCUUCUUCGUCUCUCCUUCUGUCAUCUCUUUUUCUCUUUUUCUUUUACUCCAAACUGUGUGGGAUUUUGAUGAUUAUUUAUAUAUAUAUAUAUGCUUGGAUGAGGAAAACAGUGUUGUUGUGGGGGAAACUUUGUUUGUUUGAUGGGCAAUACAUGCCGUGGACCUUCCAAGGGGAAUCUUUAUAAGGGUUACAACACUUCUUCACAUCGCUCUAGUUCUAAUAACAAUAAUAAUAAUCCCCCUUCUAAGCCAUUAAUUCCCCGAGAAUCCGGCGAAGAAACCGGCGAAAACGAUAAUCAUUCGGCUUCUAUUAGUGCCAGCGAACAAGAAAGCAUCAUGAAACUUGGUAAUGAUAACCAGACCUAUUUUGUUAUGGGUCAUAAGACUCCCAACAUUCGUGACCUUUACACUUUAGGUCCUAAGUUAGGACAAGGACAGUUCGGGACUACGUAUUUGUGUACCGAGCUUUCCACGGGGAUCGAGUACGCUUGUAAGUCGAUAUCGAAGAGGAAGUUGGUUGCCAAAGAGGAUUUGGAUGAUGUUAGGAGGGAGAUUCAGAUAAUGUAUCAUUUAGCCGGUCAUAAUAAUAUUGUGACGAUUAAAGGCACGUACGAGGAUUCCUUGUAUGUGCAUAUCGUGAUGGAGCUUUGCUCUGGAGGGGAGUUGUUUGACCGGAUUAUCCAGAGGGGGCAUUACACCGAGAGGAAGGCAGCUGAAUUGACUAGGAUCAUUGUUGGGGUCGUUGAGGCUUGUCAUUCCCUCGGGGUUAUGCAUAGGGAUUUAAAGCCGGAGAAUUUCUUGUUAGUUAACAAGGACGAUGAUUUCUCUCUCAAGGCGAUUGAUUUCGGACUCUCUGUAUUCUUUAAACCAGGACAAGUUUUUACUGAUGUGGUCGGAAGCCCAUAUUAUGUCGCUCCUGAAGUACUCCAAAAACAUUAUGGACCAGAAGCUGACGUAUGGACUGCAGGAGUUAUACUCUAUAUAUUGCUAAGUGGCAUUCCACCAUUUUGGGGCGAAACACAGCAAGGAAUAUUCGAUGCCGUGUUGAAAGGGUUUAUUGACUUCGAUUCAGAACCAUGGCCCCUAAUAUCUGAUAGUGCAAAGGACCUAAUCCGGAAGAUGUUAUGCUCUCAACCUUCAGAGCGGCUCACUGCUCACAAAGUAUUAUGUCAUCCUUGGAUUUGUGAAAAUGGGGUUGCCCCCGAUAAGGCACUGGAUCCAGCUAUACUUUCUCGUCUUAAACAAUUCUCGGCGAUGAAUAAACUAAAGAAGCUGGCUUUACGGGUAAUAGCCGAAAGUCUAUCAGAGGAGGAGAUUGCUGGUUUGAGAGAAAUGUUUAAAUCAAUGGAUACUGAUAACAGUGGUGCAAUCACAUUCGAUGAACUCAAAGCUGGUUUGCGAAGAUAUGGUUCAACCUUGAAAGAUGCAGAGAUAAGGGCCCUUAUGGAUGCCGCUGAUAUCGACAAUAGUGGGACCAUUGAUUACGGAGAAUUUAUAGCUGCAACAGUUCACCUUAAUAAACUAGAGCAUGAGGAACAUCUCGUUGCUGCGUUCCAAUACUUCGACAAGGAUAGAAGCGGCUAUAUUACGGUUGAUGAGCUUCAACAAGCUUGGGCUGAGUAUAACUUGACAGAUGUUUUCUUUGAGGAUAUUAUUAGAGAAGUUGAUCAAGAUAAUGACGGAAGAAUUGAUUAUGGUGAAUUUGUUGACAUGAUGAAAAAAGGCAAUGGAUGGAUCGGUAGACAAACCAUGCGAAACAGUCUGAAUAUUAGCAUGAGAAAUUCACACGAUUCUCAAUAAUUUCCAGCCACGCACAUCAUGUACAGAUUGUACAGCAAAGCAAAGAAGAAGAUGGUUGGUGAUAAAGCUUUGAAGCAAACUAGGCUAUGGUGUUGAGGGACUUUUUUCUGACCCACAAGAAAUUGAUGGUUAUUCAAAGUUCUGUGUUGAACAUUUUUACUGAAAUGCUAUUGGUUUAAUAUAAAUUAUAGCAUGACCAAUCGUAAACUUUGUAAAUUAUACUACCAAGUUAUUAUUAGCAAUGUCUUUGAUUAAAA